CAGCACCCAGCACCCAGCACCCAGUCGCCAUGGCCGUUCCCUCGGAGCAAAAGCUCGCCCAGUUCCUGAGCUGGGCCAGAGCCCACCCAUCCAUCCACAUCCGCGCGUGGGAUGCCACUGCCGCCAAGCUCUCGAAAGUGGUCCGCGAUGGCUCGACCAAGCUGCAUGUCAUCUCGGACUUUGACAUGACCCUCACCUGUUACUGGGUGAACGGCCAGCGGAACAAGUCGUCGCAUUCAAUCAUCUCACGAUCGCCGCUGAUCCCCGAGUCGUUCCGCAAGCGAUCCGAGAUGCUCUACAACAAGUACUAUCCCAUCGAGAUGUCGCCGACCGUGCCAAUGGCCGAGAAGGUGCCCGCAAUGAUCGAGUGGUGGACAGCGGCUCAUGAAGAUGUUGUCCAGCUGAAGCUGGCAAGGGCCGACAUUGCUGUGAUGGUCAAGGAUGCCGAGAUUCCGCUGCGCCGGCGAACCGAUGAGCUGCUGAUGCUCUGCAAAACCCUGGAAAUCCCAUUUCUGAUCUUUUCAGCUGGUAUCGGAGACGUCAUCAAGGAGGUCUUUAGGCAGCAGGAGCUCUAUAGCUCCAACAUGCACGUUGUUUCCAACACCAUGAUCUUUGACGAGCGCGACGUUUGUGUGGGCUUCAAGACGCCUCUGAUCCACACCUUCAACAAAAACGAAGGCUCUGUCAAGGGAUCGUCAUACGGAAAUGUCAUUGAGCAGCGAGUUAAUGUGAUCUUGAUGGGCGACUCGCUCGGUGAUUUGCGCAUGUCCGAAGGCCUGACACACGAGAACCAAAUCGCCAUUGGCUUCCUCAACCACGAUCGCGAGGUGCUCAUGGACCAGUAUCUGUCGAGCUUCGAUAUCGUUGUGACCGAAGACGAGUCCAUGGAGUUUGCGAUCAACUUCCUGAGCUGUUUGCUGGACUGAACAGCGUCUUGCAUCGAUUGCGACGUCGGCGUCCGCUGAAAUGCCGACAAAGUCUCCCAGCUUCUCCACCCAACCCAGGCUGACUGAUGACAGAGGCGACUGUAAUAUUCAUUGGGUUCUGAAUACACACCCGUACACUCACCA